AUGUCGGAUUCCGACUCUUCUUCGUCCUUGUCCUCGGUCGUUUCGACGGCUGACGAGUCCAUCGCGGAAUCCGUCAACCGCAGCGCGGGAAUCACCAAAUAUUUCAAAAAGGCUGCGAAACCGGCUGCACCUCCACCACCAUCUCCAAAACGGCCUCCGUCGCCUCCUCAUGAAUAUGUCCUUGCUGAUAAUCCUAAUAUUGCCUUCCUGGUGAUGUUUCGCUCGAGAUUCACUGAUGUCUUCCCCAAGUCGCUACCGCAUUACGGACCGCAGGAUAUAGAAAAGGGCGUAGUUGAGCCCACGCCGGGUGACCAGGUCGAGCGGCUGCUUUGUGCCCUGCUCAGUCUAGUACUUAACCGGAAGAAAGACGUCGAGAGAGGUCACUACCAGCGCGCCCUCGAGGAAGCUAUACAAAUACAUCAGUCGCAGUGGCCAAAGGCAUGGCAGGGGAAGAGUCCUCUUGCAAAUGGAGGUGGAUAUAUGACGAUGACUCCGGAGGAAAGGAUCCAAUUGCUUUCGACAUUGACCCUUUGGGCCCUCUCCUCCUCCGAAUCCAUCCAGGCGAAGCUCAAAGAAUGCUACAAACAAUCCAGACACGAGGGUGAUAAGAACCAACCAUUGUCCGUCCAGCCUUGGGGAUCAGAUACUCUUAAGAGGCGAUACUGGCUCAUCGAAGGCUUGGACGACACACACUUCCGACUCUACCGAGAAAGCAACCCAGCACUGAAGACAAAUACCUGGUGGAGUGUUGCUGGCACAAUACCAGAACUACGAACUGUCGCUGAAUCUCUAGCAACGGAGAAGUCCCGAGCAUCUCGAGAGUUAAGCCAGAAAAUACUCAACAGCAUCCCACGGUUUGAGAACUCAGAAGAAAAACGCAAACGACGGGACUACCGAAUCGCACGGAAAGCUGCAUUUGCCCGGCCUGAACCUGGCUUCUCUCUCUACGAGGGUCGCACUCGCGGGAAGAGAAUUAAGUACACAUUCUCUGAUGACGACGAUUUCUCAUCGGGGGCCUACCCGUCCAGAAGGUCUACCCGCAAUCAGUCACGCGCUUCAUCGCCCCGAGAGAAUGCUGGUCCUACCUUCACUGCUUCUGGCCGCCAGGUCAAGUCUAGAGUAGGUGGCAUUUACGGUCAGACGGUCCUUGGCAAACGGUCACUCGAUGUUACUGACGACGAGCCAUCGAACAACCCUGCGGGCGGGGAAGAUGGUGCGCAAUAUGGCAGGUCUCGGAGAAGCAGACGUGACCUCCAAACCAAUGGAUGGGACGGCCUAACUCCCAGUGACGAAGAUAAUAACACAGAAGGAGACGAUGAGGCCUCGAGCGGGAACGAGUGGGACGAGGAUGCUGCCGACGACGAAGACGAGGACGAAGCUGGACUAAGCGACGCAGACUCAUUUACAGCAGAUCUACAACUGGACAGAAACAGAAGUUUGAUUGUCAAACUGAAAUAUGGUAAAGAGAAUGCGGCUAAGACACCUCAACCAGUGCCUGAGCAGGCUGGAUCGUUAAAGCAAGAACCGCUGCACAAUGGCAAUCCUCCUAUGACAAUGCCAACAGAGACGCCUAUAAAUGGCUCUAUCAUCAAUGCGCCCAGUGAGCCAGCAAAGGAGCGCCCUAUAGCUGUUGAGAUGCCGCCCAAGCCAGAAUUCAAGAAGGACAGCCCUGCCUUACCACCAGCUACUUAUACCCCUACUAUCCCUGAAAAGCAAGAGACCCAAGUCCAACCACCUUCAUAUAACGGAGUUGUCUAA